AGCUAUUAUUGGAACUACCGUAAGGCAACUUGGAAACAUCUGCAAGAAGCAUGUCACAGGAUGAUCUUGUCGUUAACCGGUCCCAAAUCCUACAAUCUUCAAUAGACCAAUUCGAUGCGUCCCAAUUUGUAGAUGUUCGAUUGGAAAUUGGAGAAGAUCAGAUAAAAUUGAUAUUGGAAACUGAAACAACUUUGGAUUCUGGGGAAGUUGAGGUGAAAAAUGUGUGGAUUGCUUAUAGAGAAAGAGACAAUGGAUGCGUGAUUGAGAAUCAUGACCAACAAGAGUUUGUGGACCGCCUGGAGUUUUUUGAUGUUUCCGUUUUGCACCUGGAGCAUGCACUUAGUACUAUGGAUGUGCUCAAGAAGUUCUCCUUGAUUUCGGUUGAAAAAUCACAAGACAAAAAAAUACCCACCGACCAGGAUCUUCGGACAAAUUCAAUUUUCUUAGAAAUUCUGAGCAGAAUGUUGGCAUCUCGACAGAAACCACUGAAAGCUCACAUUUUUGAAGUACACUUAUGGCAGGAACCAUUCAACAAUCACGCUGCAAUCAUAAUGUCAUAUUUGAAACCUCAAUUCCUAUAUUCAAUAAUCCUGAGCACUCCUAUGCCGGGAAUUUAUUUGAAUCUGAGCACUUUCGUUGCAUUGGAGCAGUGGCUCAAUGGAAAGGAAUUUAGGAUGAUAAAUUUUUUGACAUACUUGGAACUUGAUGCUUUUUUUCAUUUUACGACGAUAAAACUAGGAAUGUACCACGGAACAUAUGAGAAGUUGACUGAACUGAAAAAUCAUUUCUUGAAACACGAAACGCCGGAAUAUUUCGAAUUGAAUUACCCAGAAAGUUUUGAUAACUAUCGUUUAGUGAAAAGCAGCGACAUGUCCAGAAAACGUGAGCAUGUAAAGUACAAACCGAACGGAGAUCUGCACAGCAUGACAUGGUACUUUCCUGUUGGAGAUGGUGAAGAACUUGAUGUUCUCGUUAAAUAUCGACCAGAAGGGAAAAUGGGACACCAUUUUUUGUUCAAACGAGUUAGUGCAUCGGUCAAGUUGCAGGGUUCACAAGGCGGUGACGCAGAAUUUGAUGCUCUCGCCAAUCGAACUAUUACUGGAUCAGUCAUUCUCCCGUCAAUCAUAUCUGAAAUAGAGAACGCAAAAGACCAUACCGUUGCAUUGAUUAUCGACGGGAGCGAAAUAAGGAUUCGUCUUGAACUAGGUCCUGUGCCAUAUUCUACUUUGGAAGCUAUGGGCACUCACCUAUCACGUGGGUAUACCACUAAAGAAAUAACCUACAAACCAAAAGGAGAAUGGUGUAUUAUCGAAAGCGAUCGGAAGCUGGAAGUUUUGCAAUCAUCUGUGUACAAAGCCUCUGUUGUACACCUUGAAUGCCUGUUGAGGUAUAUCUCAGUGCUUUCAAUCUUUACCAUAGAGUCCCGCUCUGUUUUGGAACUUGACGAUUGUGAGGAAAAUGUUCUUCAAUUUCAAAAAAACUUUCUUGAAUCCGUAAAAUCAAUGCUGAGGGAAAGAAACACUCUGCUCAAGACCCGACUUUUUCAUGUUAGACUUUGUGAAAAGACGACUAAUGAGUAUCUGCGAAAAAUCAUGGCUUGUCUUGACCCACAAAUUCUCGACACUAUAAUAUUGAACGGUGAUGAAGGUAAACUUGAAUGCGGUGGACUGUUUACAUUAACGCAAUGGAAAAAUACUAACGUGCUGCGUAUCGAUGGUUUUUAUGUAGACUCUCCAAUACCAGAAUUCACCCAUUUCAAAAUUGCUAGAGUAACUUUCUCAAAGAUAUCGAACUUUUAUUUGAUGGAAUUGAAAGCGUUUUUUCAAAUUUUAAAUGCCAAUUGCUGUUUGGAGAUUAACUUCAAAGAAUACACAGACACCAACGAAAUCAGAAAUAACACCAAUAAUAUAGAUCCGCAGGAAGUGUUUGGAUAUACAGAUCAUGUUGAAUACAAAGACAGCGGCGAGCUCUAUAGAAAAGUUUGGUACUUCCCAUAUAAUCCCAACCGCUCUUAUGAUGUUCGUAUUGAAUAUUGCACUUCGGGAGCUUAUGCGUUCCAGUUUGAGUAUGUGGAUGCAGAGAUGAAAAAUAAAAAACUAGAUACAGGCUUCAAAUUGCUAUAUCUCAUACCAACUAAUUAUCAAGCUAUGAAAAGGAUCAUAGAAAAGUGCUCCGUUGUUACAAUCUUAUCAAUUCGGAAAGUAUGCAAGGGCCUUCGAAGUUUUGUCGACACCAGAUGUUUUGAGUUUCCCAACAAGCAACUUUCCAUAGUGAUUGAUGGUGGUAAUUGUUAUCUAAAAAUAGUUACUCCCGAUGAAAACAUGCUCCUCGGCUACGAAAAAAAUGCAAUUGGGUGUAGCUUUUGGGCAGACCCGGCAAUAUAUUACAAUUCUGAUUAUAUUCAAACGCGGACGAUCACAGGCGAUACACCUUUGAACGUGUGCAUGAGCGAUCUGGGGUCUAUCUUGAAGCAUCAUAAAGCCCCAAUGGAUUUAAUCGACUUCAACCUGCGUGCUAUCGAUGACGUUGUUAUUCUCACAGAAAUUAUCAGAGAAACGCUUAUGCCUGAAGAAAAGCGGUUAAAAGUGAACAGAGUAUUUUUUUUUGGAAUUGAUAUGAAGAUGAUGACCAGAAUACUGUCGUAUUUGGAUGAAAAGGUGCUAAAUGCAAUUGUCCUGAUGUAUGAUGCAGAAAGCAGAAAUGAAGGAGAAGAACUGGACACUGGUCGUAUGGUGAAGCUGGCACAAUGGAAAAACGCCAAACAACUUGGUGUUGAUAGGUUUGCUGUGUCAUUUCCAAUAGAAAGUAUUGGACACUUUCACAAAGUUAAACUUUGUUUCCGUCAAAUUACCAUCCGAGAUUUGCUUUAUCUGAAGGAGAUUUUUAUGAAUUCAAGUGUCAAGCGAGAAUUCGAUAUUCAAAGUAGAUCGUUUGAUGCAGAAAAGUUGAAUGAAACUUUUGGUUACCCUUACACCGUGACCGAAAACAAAGUGAAGCGUAAAAAGUGGUUAUUCAAAAUGUUAGUGAUCAGGCAUGCAGUAGUCGAACUAGACUAUUUGGAGCGUAUAGAAGGUGAAAGGGAGAUCACAUGUUUCAAGUUUACUCAGUAUAAAGUGCCACAAGAAAUAUUUGAUAAUAUCCCUUGGUAGUUUCAUGCACUUUAAUUGAGAUUUAAAAUAUUUUUCGUAUUUUUCGCAUGUAAUGUAAGAAUGUGUGAAUAAAAAUUGAAUUUU